AUGGCCUAUGAAGCCCCAAAGAAGAUUUUGGGUCAUGCCUGUAAUGCAUAUAUCUUUCGUUCAGCACAAACAAGCUUAAAUGCGAUCCCUAAAUACGAAACAAACCCAAGAUCAGAGGAUGCCAUGUCACAACAACUUGGUGCGAGUGGUAAGGUUUUUAAGAGGUGA